AUGACCAUCUCUCAAACUGUCCCCAAGCUCUUCCAACCGAUUAAGGUUGGGAACGUCGACCUCAAGCACCGCAUCGUGCUCGCGCCUCUGACGCGUUUCCGCGCGGACGACAACCACGUACACACCGAUCUCGCCGUCGAAUACUAUGCCCAGCGUGCGAGCACGCCGGGAACUCUGCUUAUCACGGAGGCAACUGUCAUCGCGCCUCAAGCAGGCGGCUAUGACAAUGCGCCUGGUAUAUGGAACGACGCGCAGAUUGCCGCAUGGAAGAAGAUCACGGAUGCCGUGCAUGCGAAGCACUCGUACAUCUAUGUUCAGCUGUGGGCAUUGGGCCGUGCAGCAUACCCCGAGGUCUUGAAGAAGGAAGGGCCGUAUGACGUCGUCAGCGCGAGCGACAUACCCUUGGCAGAUGCCGAUCAUCCUGGACAUACUCCGCGACCGCUCACGGUGGAGGAAAUCAAAGAGUACGUGCAGCUGUAUGCGCAAGCUGCCAAGAAUUCCCUUCAGGCUGGAUUCGAUGGCGUUGAGAUUCACUCGUCCAAUGGAUACCUCCUCGACCAGUUCAUCCAGACCAACUCGAACAAGCGUAGCGACGAGUACGGCGGAUCCAUCGAGAACCGCCUCCGCUUCGUGUCUGAGGUCGUGCAAGCCAUUACCGCUGUCGUCGGGGACGAACGUACUGGCAUCCGCUUGUCGCCUUGGUCGCCGUUCCAAUUGAUGCGCAUGCCCGACCCCAUUCCCACGUUCUCCGCGCUCAUCAAGCAUCUCGCUGAGAACCACUCCAACCUGUCAUAUGUGCACGUCGUGGAGCCGCGCAUCAACGGUAUCACAGACUCUGAGGGCGGCGACAUAGGCGGUAGCCAGGAGAGUAACGCUUUCAUCCGCCCGCUCUGGAGCCCGAGACCGUUGAUCGUCGCGGGCAACUUCAAGAGGGAGAGCGCGAUCGAUGCGGCGGAGAAGGAGAACGUGCUCGUUGCGAUAGGCAGGCACUUCACCUCGAAUCCGGACUUGCCCAAGAGGUGGCAGGUAAACGCGGAGUUGGCACCUUACGACCGUAAGACGUUCUACUCGAAGGGGCCGAAAGGGUAUACGGAUUGGGCGUUCUUGAUGGCAGGCACCGAGUUGCAGAUGGGUUUCGAAUAG